AUGUCACUGGAGCCCCCCACCUACCUCGGCUCUCUUCAGAAUAAUAUUCGAGCUCGGCCAAUUCCAUGGGAGGGCGCCGUCCGAGCGGGCAACAUCACCGAUGACCACUUGAAGAAGAUCAAGGCGGUGGACAAGGUGCGCAAGGAUCAGCGUCGCCAAACAAUAGAAGGAGACCUCGCCGGGUACACAGACUUGUUGGCAGGUGGUGCACAAGGGAAGAGCGUUUUGGACUCGGCCUCCCGGAGGACCGAUAUCGUGCAGUAUAUUCUAGUGCUGGCGUCGGAUUUGAUUCAAGAUGUUCCCUCUCUGGCGGACUCCCUCAUCUCUCACCCAGAACCGUAUAAGCCAUUCCUACCUUUCCUGCAGCACUCGACCAAUGCCGAAGACCCUAUCCCCCUGCUCACCUCCACCUUCCUUACGGCUUUAGUUUCGCACAGUCUUGUUGCCACGUCUAAACCCGCCGCGCGCGACAAUGAAGCUCUCCCCCAGCUAUACGCUUAUCUCUCCACUCUGACCAAGAACCAGGACAGUGGCCUCCAAGAUAUCGGCGUUCAAGGAUUCUCAGAGUUGUUGAGAACAUCCAAGGCCAGGGAGAUCUUCUGGACGCAACGUAAGGAGACUCUGGAUCCUUUGAUUGAGACUCUCCGAACUGCAGCGGGGUCUAAAGACAAUGCCAGCACCCUCGGGGGCAGCACUCGUGGCAAUGAGCCUGGUCUUGCAGGUGGCGUGAGCCUGCAGCUCCUGUAUCGAGUGCUCCUAGUGCUGUGGCAGCUUGCAUUCGAGGGUGCCCUCGUGGGUGAUGAACUACAAGAGAACUAUGAUAUUAUUCAACUCUACACUCAGCUCCUGCGCCUUUCACCAAAAGAAAAGACGACCCGUUUACUCCUUGCGACUUUGUACAGCCUCUUGUCGAGCAACCGGACAACGUUGCUACCCGUUGCCGUAUUUGUUCGACUCCCCGCACUCCUGACCAAUUUAACCGGCCGCCACCUCACUGACCCCGACCUGCUGGAGGAUCUCAAUGCGCUUUCUUCUAUGUUGGAAGAAUACACCAAGACACAAACUACUUUUGAUCAAUAUUCGGCGGAAGUUCAUUCGGGCCACCUGCGCUGGUCGCCUCCUCACAAGAAUCCGACAUUCUGGAAGGAGAAUGCCCGACGCAUCUGUGAAGAGUCAAAUGGUGCCUUGCCGAAGAAACUUGCUGAGAUCUUGUCCAAGAGCUGGGACAACGACAAGCAGGUUCUGGCGAUUGCUUGUAGCGACGUAGGGAACCUUGUGAAGGAGGUCCCGGAGCGUCGUGGGCAACUAGAGCGACUUGGCCUGAAGGCACGGGUGAUGGAACUCAUGGCUGACAAGGAUGAAACGGUGCGAUGGGAGAGUCUGCAUGCUGUCGGCGAGUGGCUUCGGUACACCUUCGAAGGGUGA